AUGGAUCUCGCUAUGAUGCUUAGCGGCGACAAGCGCGAGGAUACUAUCGCCCCCGCCCCGGUUUCCGAGGGCCCCGUCCCCAAGCGCGCGCGCGUCGAGCUGCGUCACUCCUCUCUCUCCCCCGACCGUCCACGCGUGCACGCCGACCCGCCACCCACGUCUGUCCAGCUCGACGCCCGGAAGACCCCACCUCCCGUCCCCGUCUCCUCUGCCCCGCGCCCCGACGGCCCCGCCGUUGGCCCUUACUUCGACCUGCAGCAGGCCGUCCACAACGCCCUGGAGGGUAAGACCGCCACGCUCACCACGUCUGACAAGGUCGCACUCGCGCUGGAAGUCCUUCGCGCGCGCCAGCUCGAGCUUGACUUGGCACAGGCCAGGAAUAAUAUCGAGGCCCUGGUCACAAAGGCCUCUACGACGCCGCGCACCUUGCGCGCCGUCAUUCCAGCCUCCACCGUCAAGGGCUUGCCGGUUGGAUUUCCGAUUGACAUUUCCAACGGAAAGUUUUUGCUCUCGCCGACACAUAACGAUCCCCAGGCGCUUUUUUUGACCUUGGAUUUGCAAAGCUUUGGGCCUCAGAAAGGUUACCCCCAGCAGGCCCCACAGGCCCCAAAGGUGGGAGGCGAGGACAAAGUUGCCAGUACAGCUGAGACGAGGCCGCUUGAAGGGGGAGUUGAAGUGGAGAAGAAAGAUGUGAUCGAUGCAGCGCCCGAAGCGAAGAAGGCUGAUAAGGACGCACAGGAAGAGCAGAAGCCAUUGUAG